UCUCACACAGAUAAAUCCUUAGCCAUCUUUGGCAACCCUGUUCCUCUCUUGGCCCAUAGUGCGAUGGCGGCAGGUUCCUGGCCUCCCACCUCACCAUAUCCAAGACUACCUCAUGACACUCCCAGUAGUUCUGCACUCAUUCAAUCAUUCAGUCCGGCCAUUCGUUUGGCGAGAUUCAAUGCCGAGGCCUUCGGAGGAAUUAGCUUGGCCCCCCGUGGCUUCAAUGAACUGGAUAAUUCGGCCUCUCUGCAUCCAGUGGGCGCUACCAUGCUGUCGGCGAGCGCACAAGCUGUGGGAUUUGCAAAACCAACACCGAACGCAGAUAACGGUCGUGAAAGCAAGGUUUACACGGACAAUCCCAAGAAGAAUGGGGAUGACUCCGAACGUGAAGAUGACAGGGAGCCGCAGCAUGUGCAAGCACGAAAGAAGAAACCUACAAUGCUAUUUGACGAACUUUCUGGAUUCAUUGACGACGAUAGGAAUCGACGAUAUCAUUUGUUUGACACGGAAGAUUAUGAAGACCCUAGUCUCAAGCUGGGUAUCGAAGAUUUCAAGUGCUUUGAGAGGGUCAUGUAUGCACUGGAUCGAAGCCUUAUCACCUUUCAAUUAUCAGCUCGCCAGCUCGACUCGUCGGUUGGCUCCUUAGCAUCGGCUGGACAGCUCCGCAGUCACUUGAUGAAUAUAGGGAUCCUCUUUCAGAGAAACGCAGCUGAAAUCUUUCCACAAAUGAAAUCCAAGCUCGCAAAAAUCGACACCCCAAAGCCGAGGAAGAAAAGGCCAAAACCAAGGGCGAAAAUCUAUAGCAGAGCUUCGAUCCUCAAGCCAACGACUAUCAACGAAAUUCCAGAACCAGAAACCCUUCCUAGCGAAUUAUCAGAGUUUGCUUCCAACCUUGCGGUGUUUUUGCGACAACUGGAAGAGUUUCCAGAAUUUGCGGACGAUACAUUAACUACCUCAAUCACAGCUCUUGAGAUUGAACUCAAGCGCCGUGCCGACUGCCUCGCAGAGUAUCGGCAUCAACUUCACUGGCCAGCAGUGCAGCGAUACGUUCACGCUAUCAGCGCAGAACUUGUAUCACCUCUACAGACUAUGAACCAAGCUCUUGAAGACUUUGUGAAUAACGGUAUACCGGCCAUCCGUUUUGCCCAAAAGAACAGUUGGAACUACCUAGUCAAUUUAUCGGUCACAGCAACCUUUUUCAGUGGUGUCACCGCAACGACAGCUCAAUAUUCGCUUGACAGAACUGCGACCACACUUGACGAUCAGCAUAAUGGGAUGAAAUGGCUAUCGGACGUUCUACAUGGCUAUUGGGAUUCCUUCCUCAAGCCCAUCCGUAGUCAAUUGAUGCGUUGGAUCCCUCGACGAGCCAUUGCCCAGUGCCAAGCAUUCGGAAAACGUCUUACUUGUAGACUGAACAGGAAUAGGGGACCUAGUGACGAGCUUAAUGAAACCGAGAGUGGUGGUACUAUAUUAUCCCCUAUCGAGUAUAAACACAAGAAAUCGGCAAGUGAGCUAGAACGGGGAGAUAUGAUCGACAGCCCUAUAGCUCAACCUUCACAAUUACCAGAGGCUGGUGUCUCUCAUUCAGUGCCCAAGUUCUCCUUCUCGGCGGCUUCGAUAGCAGUGCCAAAUUCCGAUUCGCAACAUACUCUGAAUGAGCAAGCCCCAACAGCAAGCACAACUACCGAUCCUCCAAAGCUCACCGGUGUAAAUAGACUCCGUCAGCUUGCUUGGAAAGUUGCAGAGAAGGAAACACUGCAAGUACCCAAAACACAGACCAACUCGAGGGGAAGCGCUGUCUUGUACACCAUGCAUACAAUUGUCGGAAGGUUGACGACACUCCGACCAGUCCUCAAGAGAUUGGAAGUAACGCAUACGAUCCUCCGGAGCUCUGGCCUUGUGCGGCAUUUGCAAUUCAGCCCGAACGGGAAGCUACUGGCUACAUGCGCGUGGGAUGGUACCGCGAGACUAUUCAAUGUCCCUCAAUCAGCGGACGAUGACGUUGGAAAGCACCUUGUAAUGAAUGUCUAUACAGGCUUCCUUGGACAGGUGGCGUGGAGUCCAAAUGGAAACUGGCUAAUAACCAGAUGGGCGAAUGGUAUGGCUAUAUGGUCAGAGGGAAGUCAAGUAUCCGAGCUAGACCUUGAUGGAAAUGUCGUGGAAAUGUAUGAAUUCCAAAAUCUGGAGAUUCACACUGUGGCAAUCACUCCCGAUGAGGAGCGUAUGCUAUGUGUAGGUGUACCCAAGUCGCAAGGGAGUACACAGCCUAGCACGUCCCGCGUAGAGAAGCGGCUAGUUG